AUGAACCUCGCCUGGAACAGAAUAUUACAAGAGCCUUUUCUAUAUACUAACCUCCGCACGCUGCACCAUAUCUUAGGCUUGUACCAGCACCGAGUAUCACUCGAUUCCGCCCAAGUAGUGAUGGAUACGAGACGAGACGAGACGAAACGUGACGAGACGAAACGUGACGAGACGAAACGUGACGAGACGAAACGUGACGAGACGAAACGUGACGAGACCCUCAACUCGUCUUGCAGUACCCCUCAGAUCAAGCCCAGAAAACCUGAGACAAGGGAAAAGUCGUGGUAG